GGAAGAAAAACUUGACAAUAGAAAUGAAAUUGAAGAGAAAGACCUCAAGGUCUGCUUUUAUGUGAAAAUUCAGAGAUCCCAGACAGCCCAUUUAGAAAACCUGUUUGCAGAUGAAGACGGAAAGGACACCCGUUGACACCGAAGCACUUUUUUUCUCUGUCACUAUCGCUUUCUGUCUCUACCCUCCCCCCCAAAUACACACACUUCUCCUUGUAACACGCUUUCUUAAUGAGCCACACACAGUCUCCCCCAAAAUCUCUCCUUACCACUCCAAGGAGCCUAUCUCCUUGAGUAGAACAAGUAAGGCGUACUGGAGGGAGAUAUGGAAUAACAUGGGGGGUUUUUCCUUGGCUUUGUCGCUUUCUACCCCACAAGAAGUAGUUAAAACCACCGUCCUAUAAUCAACUUGUUCAUUCCGCCUGCCAAUGCCAAUAUCAUGGGGUCUCUAAGCUACUAGUGGCGUAUACAGUCAAAGGAAAGGGAAAGGGUAACGCGUGUAGAGCGAGGUGGUCUUACCGCGUGGUAAGGUGAAAUCUAGCCAAUAAAACCUUCGCCAUGUGUGGCACACAAAUCUCAACAAGGUCUUUCCCAAAUAGUCUUU